AUUCGCUUUUUGUUCCUCCGCCGCGGGAGCACCCGGCGGCGAACUCAUUUCUUUCUCGGGUUUCUCCGCCUCCCCCCACCCCUGGUCCCGUAAAAGCAACAGCGGCGUCCAGGGCAGCACGAGCCGAAGUGGUGUCCCUCCGCCUGGCCGCGGGCACUCCUUUUCGUGUCCUUCCACCGUUCCCGGGCGGCGUCCGAGCGGCUCACCGGGGGCGGCGACGCGUCUGCGGCGCGGACGGUGAGGCUCCGGGGCUAUGAGGUGAGGGCGCCCAGGCACCGGAGGCGGCACGCGCGGCGCCAGGACCCGGGACGCGGAGCCCCCAGGCCAGCGGCUGCCUUUGGGACCCCGAGGCCGCGCGAGAGGCGAGGAGAGAACAUUGAAAUUAUUCUCUAAGCUAUUUGAAGAGAGUGACUAAAUGCACCUGGGUCAGGCUGUCUGUGGGUAUGAAGUGGUUGGGAGAAUCCAAGAACAUGGUGGUGAAUGGCAGGAGGAAUGGAGGCAAGUUGUCUAAUGACCAUCAGCAGAAUCAGUCAAAACUACAGCACGCGGGAAAGGACGCCGUGAAGGCCGGCAGGAACGCGGCCGAGAGGAGGCCGAGCAGAUGUAAUGGUAAUUCAGGAUUCGAAGGACAGAGUCGAUAUGUACCAUCUUCUGGAAUGUCUGCCAAGGAACUCUGUGAAAAUGAUGACUUAGCAACCAGUUUGGUUCUUGAUCCCUAUUUAGGUUUUCAAACACACAAAAUGAAUACUAGCGCCUUUCCUUCGAGGAGCUCAAGGCAUUUUUCAAAAUCUGACAGUUUUUCUCACAACAACCCUGUGAGAUUUCGGCCUAUUAAAGGAAGACAAGAAGAACUAAAGGAAGUAAUUGAACGUUUCAAGAAAGAUGAGCACUUGGAGAAAGCCUUCAAAUGUCUGACUUCAGGAGAGUGGGCACGGCACUAUUUUCUCAACAAGAACAAAAUGCAGGAGAAAUUAUUCAAGGAACAUGUAUUUAUUUACUUGCGAAUGUUUGCAACCGACAGUGGAUUUGAAAUAUUGCCUUGUAAUAGAUAUUCAUCAGAACAAAACGGAGCCAAAAUUGUUGCAACAAAAGAGUGGAAACGAAAUGACAAAAUAGAAUUACUGGUGGGUUGUAUUGCCGAACUUUCAGAAAUUGAGGAGAACAUGCUACUUAGACACGGAGAGAACGACUUCAGUGUCAUGUAUUCCACAAGGAAAAACUGUGCUCAGCUCUGGCUUGGUCCUGCUGCGUUUAUAAACCAUGAUUGCAGACCUAACUGUAAGUUUGUGUCAACUGGUCGAGAUACAGCAUGUGUGAAGGCUCUAAGAGAUAUUGAACCUGGAGAAGAAAUUUCUUGUUAUUAUGGAGAUGGGUUUUUUGGAGAAAAUAAUGAGUUCUGCGAGUGUUACACUUGUGAAAGACGUGGAACUGGUGCUUUUAAAUCCAGAGUGGGACUGCCUGCGCCUGCUCCUGUUAUCAAUAGCAAAUAUGGACUCAGAGAAACAGAUAAACGUUUAAAUAGGCUUAAAAAGUUAGGUGACAGCAGCAAAAAUUCAGACAGUCAAUCUGUCAGCUCUAACACUGAUGCAGAUACCACUCAGGAAAAAAACAAUGCAACUUCUAACCGAAAAUCUUCAGUUGGUAUGAAAAAGAACAGCAAGAGCAGAACAUUAACAAGGCAGUCUGUGUCAAGGAUUCCAGCUUCUUCCAACUCUACCUCAUCUAAGCUAACUCCUCUAAAUAAUUCCAGGGUACCAAAGAAACUGAAAAAACCUGCAAAGCCUUUACUUUCAAAGAUAAAAUUAAGAAAUCAUUGCAAACGGCUGGAGCAGAAGAGUGCUUCGGGAAAACUCGAAAUGGGAAACCUAGUACUCAAAGAGCCUAAAGUAGUUCUGUACAAAAAUUUGCCCAUUAAAAAAGAUAAGGAGCCAGAGGGACCAGUCCCGGCCGCAGUGGCCAGUGGGUGCUUAACUAGACACGCAGCGAGAGAGCACAGGCAGGACCCCGGGCGAGGCGCCCCUGCGCCCGUGGAGGGCGCCCCCUGCGCCUACACAACCAGGCGGUCCGUGAGGACGAGGAUGAAUUUGGAGGAGACCUCCGACAUCAAGCUUGAACCAAACACGUUGGAUGGCUACAGAAGCAUCUUGACGGAACCUUGCCCAGACAGUGGCGAGCAAGCAGCUCCUGCGGGGCAGGAAGAAGAACUGGCUCGUGAAGCGGCACAGAAGGGGGAGGCCAGGUGUCCUAAGAGUGACAGCAGCGCGUCAAAAAAGAAAUCACGGCAAGGGAAACUGCUGAGACAGUUGGCAGAAGCAGAGGAAUCCGCCGCGGUGCACGAUUCCCCUGGCAGAGCUGGCGUGGGGCGGGAGGGGGCGGGGGCCCACCCUGACCAGGGCGAGCGCGGCAGCCAGGAGGGCGUGCCCGGGAGCUACAGUGACUGGCCCCCUUCUCCUGUCAGCGGUUCUGUGGUCGCAUCAGAUAGCUUCAAAACAAAAGACAGCUUCCGAACUACAAAAAGUAAAAAGAAGAGGCGGAUCACUAGGUAUGAUGCACAGUUAAUCCUAGAAAAUAACUCUGGGAUUCCCAAAUUGACUCUUCGUAGGCGUCAUGACAGCAGCAGCAAGACAAAUGACCAAGAGAAUGAUGGAAUGAAUUCUUCAAAAAUAAGCAUCAAGUUAAGUAAAGACCAUGAAAAUGACAAUAAUCUCUAUGUAGCAAAGCUUAAUAAUGGAUUUAACUCAGGAUCAGGCAGCAGUUCUACAAAAUUAAAAAUCCAGCUGAAACGGGACGAGGAGAGUAGGGGGUCGUAUACAGAGGGGCUUCACGAAAAUGGGGUGUGCUGUAGUGAUCCCCUUUCUCUCCUGGAGUCUCGCAUGGAAGUCGACGACUAUAGUCAGUACGAGGAAGAAAGUAGCGAUGAUUCCUCCUCUUCAGAGGGAGACGAAGAGGAGGAUGGCUAUGACGAUGACUUUGACGACGACUUUAUCCCGCUUCCUCCGGCCAAGCGGCUGCGGCUCAUAGUUGGAAAAGACUCUAUAGAUAUUGACAUUUCUUCCAGGAGAAGAGAAGAUCAGUCUUUGAGGCUUAACGCAUAGUAAGCUCUUGGUCUUAAUUUGACCCGGGAUAACUACUUUAAAGAAAUCAACAAUUCCAGUCAGUUACUCCUCAGCUGAAAACAUUUGAGGGGCAGCACUUCUGCUGUCUUUUCACUUAUCAGCAUAAUACUGUAGAAAGUGUACAGCGUACUGACUCUUCUUAAAAGUCUGAUUUGUGCAAAUUUUUAUUGUACUUUUUAAAUAGCCUUCUUAUGUGCAAUUCUGAGUUAGAGGUAAAGCCCUGUUGUAAAAUAAAGGCUCAAGCAAAAUUGUACAGUGAUAGCAACUUUCCACACAGGACGUUGAAAACAAUAAUGUGGCUACACAGUUUUCUUUUUUUAACUUUAAGAGCAUCAACUGGCUCUUUAAUAUAUGACUAAAAAUUAAUUUAAAACAAAUCAUAGUAGCAGCAUAUUAAGGUUUUCUAGUAUAUGCUAAUAUCACCAGCAAUGUUCUUUGGCUUUUUGAUUUAUUUGCUAGAUGUUUCCCCCUUGGAGUUUUGUCAGUUUCACAGUUUGCUGGCCCAGGUGUACUGUUUGUGACCUUGGUUAAAUAGCAGACCAUCGGUCGGGUGGGAGUGAAAUUGGUUUCU